AUGUCACUACUAACAGCAACGCAUAAAUAUCUCGCAGUAGGGAAAGAACUUAGUGUUGACUUAUAUGACCAUUCCAACCACAAACUUAUUGAUAUACCUGGAACACCGAAUCUAACUGAAAAAGAUUACAUAUCUGAUAUUGCAAUUUCUUAUGAUUCUAAUCAUUUGGCUGUCAUAACAACAACUUCAAAGAAAUUGCUAAUUUAUGGCUUGCCCCAAGGGGAACUUGAACAAACUUUUAACAUACCGAGAAGUGCCAGUAGAAUAAGAUUCACAGUUGAUAAUUUACAGAUAUUGGUGGCUGAUAAAAGCGGCGAUGUGCUUAUUUAUGACAUUAAAAAAGAAGAAUCAGGUAUAAAACUUCUAGGUCAUUUAAGCUUACUAUUGGAUGUUUUACAAUCAAAUGAUACAAAAUGUAUCAUAUCGUGCGAUAGAGACGAAAAAAUAAGGGUGUCCUGUUAUCCCAAUACCUAUAACAUCCAAACAUAUUGUUUAGGCCACAAAGAAUUUGUCAAUCACAUAGAGUUUUUGCCCCACAAUGAUAAGUUCUUAACUAGUUCCUCAGGAGAUGGCACUAUUAAAAUAUGGGAUUAUAGUGAAGGGAGGUUGGUGCAUACAAUUGACACUUCACAUGAUGUUCAUGAUGAUCAAUUGAGACAAAAUUUCAUUAACAUUAUGGAUGAAGGUGGUAUUGAAGUUAACACUUUGCCGAUUGUGCAUUAUACAGCAUCGAAGAUAAAUGAAAAUAUAAGUGUACUGGCUACGACUGUACACACUUAUAAUGCAGUUCUUAUUUAUACUGUGACUAAUGUUGAUAACCAAUACAGUCACAAAUUGGAAGAACGAGUGAGACUCCAACAAUUUCCAGGCGCAAUAAUACUUCACAAUAAAUCACUUUUUGUUUAUAGUGAUUCAGAGAACAGUAUUAUUGCAUAUAAGUUGGAAGAGAAUAAUGGAAGUGUUUCUGUUGAAGAAACAAAUAGAAUAAACAUGUUUGCAGAUAAAAAUAUUAACCCUGACACCGAAGAAAACCAGUUAGAAUCUAUCAAAGUUUUGUAUAAAAGGAAAUUUGAUAAUGUUCAAGAAUACCAAGAAAGAAAAAAGCAGAGACUCGAAAAAUUGUCCAAAUAA